AUGUCCGACAAUAACAAUGCGUAUUCCAUAAAGUUUCUAACGUUCAACACAUGGGGGCUGAAGUACGUCUCCAAGCACCGCAAAGAAAGGCUCAGGGCAAUCGCGGAUAAGUUGGCGGGCCACUCGACGCUGGUCCCGAUAGCAGAGGAGCUAUCACCCGGUGGCGGCGAAGGCAGUGACAACGAAGAGUACGACGUGAUUGCCUUGCAGGAGGUCUGGUGUGUGGAAGACUGGAAGUACCUUGCUUCCGCCUGUGCCUCUAAGUACCCGCACCAGCGUCUGUUCCAUUCCGGGAUUUUGACGGGCCCUGGUUUGGCCAUAUUGUCCAAGGUGCCCAUAGAGUCGACCUUCCUUUACCGGUUCCCCAUCAAUGGCCGACCAAGUGCCGUGUUCCGCGGCGACUGGUACGUCGGGAAGUCUGUAGCUAUCACUGUGCUGAACACGGGCACGCGCCCCAUUGCGAUCAUGAACAGUCACAUGCACGCUCCAUAUGCCAAGCAGGGUGAUGCCGCCUACUUGUGUCACAGAUCUUGUCAGGCCUGGGACUUCAGCAAGCUCAUCAAGCUCUACCGAGAGGCCGGAUACGCGGUAAUUGUGGUGGGUGACUUGAACUCCAGACCAGGGUCGCUGCCCCACAAGUUCCUCACGCAGGAGGCCGGCCUGAUCGACUCUUGGGAACAAUUGCACGGGAAGCAGGAUCUGACAUCAAUAUCACGUCUUUGUCCACUACAACAGUUGCUCAAGGGUUGCACCACGUGCGAUUCGCUGCUCAACACGUGGAGGGCCCAAAGACAGCCCGACGAGGCCUGCAGACUGGACUAUGCGCUCAUCGACCCUGAUUUCUUGCAAACAGUAAAUGCAGGCGUCAGGUUCACCGAGAGGAUUCCGCAUCUGGACUGCAGCGUUUCUGACCACUUUGCGUACUCAUGUACCUUGAAUGUGCUCCCCCAGGGCACAGAGACCCGCCCCUCCACCUCCGCCAAGCGGGGGAAGCCCCGUGACAGACAGCUGAUCUUGCAAAGAUACUCCAACUACGAAACCAUGAUAGAAUGCAUUCACGCAUACAUGAAAACCGCCAGAAGACAGAAAUUCUUCCGCGGACUGCACUUCUGGGCCUCGAUACUGCUGCUGAUUGGGUCAUUGGUCGUGACCACGUUCACCGCCAACAAGGCAGGCUGGUCGUCCAUCUUCUGGGUCCUCUUUGCCAUAGCCGUCUCGAUUUCGGGCACCAUCGACGGCGGCAUUUCGUUUUUGUUCGGAAGGUCUGAGAUCAGGGCGCUGACUGAGGUCGAACAAGAAGUCCUGGAUGCGGAACACCAUAUACAAACCUUUCUAAGCGAAAAAUGA